AUGUCUUACAGAGAAAUGAAGGACCGAAAGAGGAAAGACUAUCCUUACAUCCUUGAGUAUAGGACAAGAUGGCACAUAUUCUUCUAUUCCUGGAAUAUGCAUGUCUUGGGUGAUGAUCAUAUGAACAACAGCGUCUACAACUUCCUAUACGACUCCGUUGUCAACACAUAUCUCAUUCAGGAGUGCGCACGACACCCUCCUACGUCCCCUCAAUACGGGCUUGUGGUACACUCUCACAGCGAUUUCUUCGGCAGUAUAGCCUUUCCAGCUGUUGCGGACCUUGGGCUUCGAGUCAACAAGCUAGGAAAGAGCAGUGUUACAUAUGAGGUUGCCCUCUUUGAGCAAGGUGUUGAGGACGUCAAGUCAGUAGGAGAACUGAUUCAUGUCUUCGUCGACAGGGAGAGUGGUCGGCCUGCGGCGAAUGGUAUGAGCAACAGCCUCAAGGAAGGUCUUCAGAAGCUUUUAGUCACCAAAUCCAAGCUUUGA